UCUUGCCAACGGACAUGCCACCAAGAGAAAGUAUAAGCUAAGCACGUCUGUUGCGUAGUUGCAAGUGUGUUGUUGUUAUUGUACACAUCAGAAUGUAAUCAAUUACAUUUAGUAUUUGUAGUGCACUGUGUAUAACUCAUUGUUUUCGUAAAAAUGUAAAUAUAUAUUAGUAACGUUACUAAUCAAAUCAGAUGAGAGUCGGCAUAUAAAAUGAAAAUAAGCACAAUGUUAUACUGACCUAUAUUCAAGUUUUAAAAGCUUUGUUGACGAAAUUCUAUAAUAAAACCAGUGCAAGAUGUUACCUGGAAUCGGAAUUUUCGGAACGGGCAACAUAGUGCGGGUACUCGUUACCUUUUUGCGCGAAAAAGGUUUUAAAAUCAUAUCCAUUUGGGGACGUACAAAAGAAGAAGCAGAGAGAGUUGCCACUGACAUGGACAUUCCUUUUUAUACAAGCAAAGUUGAUGAUGUUGUCUUGAGAAAAGACAUCGAUUUGAUUUUUAUCUUUUGUGCACCAAAGUUGCACGUUGAAAUAACUGUUAAAGCAUUAGGCCUUGGUAAACAUGUGGUUUGUGAUAAACCCGGUGGACUUAGUCAAAUUGACGUUUUUAAAAUGGGUAAAGCAGCUCUAUAUUACCCAACUUUGAUCACAAUUAUUAAUCACAGUUUGCGAUUUCUUCCUGCCUUUGUAAAUUUAAAAAGAGAAAUAAAAGAUGGUCUUUUGGAUGGAAAAAUCAGUGUAAUAGAUAUUCGAGUACAAAUUGGUCCAAUUUUAGCUGAUGGUCAGUGUUACAACUGGCUCUGUGAUGCGAGAAUGGGUGGCGGCGUACUAACUUUAGUUGGUAGCCACAUCAUAGAUUUAAUAACAUAUUUAACAAAUCGCAAAGCUUUCAAAGUACAUGCCCUAAUUCGAAACUUUAGUACAACUACAAAUCUACACAAAAAUGGUAGUAUUAGAUCUGUUUCUUCACCAGAUUUUUGUUCAUUUCAAAUGGAACUGGAUGGUGGAAUAUUAGUUACUGCUACUCUCAGUUCUUAUCCAAAUGCUAUUGCUAAUCAAGAAAUCACAAUAUUUGGACCUAAUGGUCGUCUUACUGUGCGUAGUACUGAUUUGUUUUGUUGUACUGGACAACAAGAAGAAAUUCGACUUUUGGAUACUGAAAAAAAACAAGAACCAAUCCUCACAAACGAAAUUUUUAUAUCAGGACCUUAUGUUCAAGGUUUAAGAAAUAUGAUAGGAGCACUUAGAGAAGCUUUUGAACCUGUAGAAGAUAAGAGUGGAUGGACUAAAGAACCUGUAUCUAAGGCAGCUACUUUUGAAGACGGUGUUUAUGUACAAUCAGUUAUUGAAGCUUUGAUACUGAGUAACAGUAAUCGAGAGUGGACAAAAGUUGAACAAAUAGCAGAUUUACCUGAUCCCAAUUCUGUGCUUAGCUCAGCAGCCGUUCGAUCAAAGACAAUUUCACUUUAGAUUUUUGUGUUAAAACAUUGUAUAUUUUUAUCAGUAUUGUGUUUAUAAUUAUGAUCUAUUUCAAGUAGAAUUAGUUUAUGAUUAUGAAUUAAUAAUUUGAUCAUAAAAAUUAUUUAUAUUAUUUUUAUGUUCCAAUGAAAAUAUAAUAUUUUAAAUUUUUCUUGUAGAAUGUACUAGGGUUUCAAGAUUUUAUAUUUUAUUAUUAAACUGAUGAAAUUAUUUAAUAACAGUGCCACGCAAAUUUAUUUGGGCAAAUUUGUUGACAAAUGAUGUUUACUUGAGAGUUGUGAAUGUUGAUGUUUCAAAUAUAUAAUUUUAACAUUUUAUAAUAUAAUGGUAGUACUAAAAUAAUACAUUUGUUAUUUACUUAACAAAAGCAUUUUAUGAAAAGAUACAUAAGUUUUAGAGUUUGAAUUAUGCAUUAUGUGUUUUAUCAUCUUUAUUAAAGUAUAUGUAUCAUAUUUAAUGAAAGUAAAGUAACUUUUGUCUAAUGUAAAAAUCAACAGAAUAUGGUCCAAGGGGUUCAAAUGAUUAACUAUAGAAUACAUUACCUGCUGUUUAAAUCAGUUAACUGUAUAGUGUAACGAGUUGAUUUGGAGCAUUUGUAAAACAUGGAUUUUUUGCAAUGAAAAGCCAAAUCACAUUAUUUUUUAUACU